AUGGAUCUAAUAUUAGAAAAGACUAUAGGAUCGAUAUUAGAAUCAAAGGAAUAUUCAUAUUCAAAAGAUUUUUUAGAUCAAUUAACUGAACUUUCAUUAGAAUAUCUUGAAAAUUUAACCUCGGAAUUAUCAACAUAUACAAGAAUCCAACGUCGACAUCAACCUUCAAUAUCAGAUAUUAAAUUAUUACUUAAACUUAAACAUAUUAAAAAUUAUGAAUUAAUUAAAGAAAUUGAAAAUAGUAAAACCUUUCCAUACACUAAAGAUUUAAGCAAUCUUCUAAAACCAAAAUCAACAAAAGUACAAGAUGAUGAAGAUGAAGAUGAAGAUGAAGAUGAUCAACUGGUAUUCUUUGAACAAAGUUCAAUCAUGCAAUUAUUACCUAAAUUAAAUACUGAUAAUAAACCAAGAUAUAUUCCAUCAUAUUUACCUGAUUUACCACCUGAUUAUACUUAUCAAUCAACGCCUGAGUAUAACAAGCCAUUGACGGAUUUAAAAGAAUUAAGAAUUAGAUUGGUGCAAGAGUCAAGAAUGACUGAAGAUUCGUUGUAUAAAUUAAUUGAAAAUGAUGAAAUUGAAUGGAGAAAGAAAUUCGAAGAUGAAUUGAAGGAAAUGAAGGACGAAUCUAAUAAUAUGGAAGACGUGGAGAAAUCUGAAGAUGAAAGAAAAGAUAUGGAGAAAGAGGUUAAAACGGCUAUAAGUGAUGCAAUAAAAGAAGAUAUAUCACGUGCAGAGCCUGAUAAACAGGUGCCAACAGUACCAAUAAAGGAAGAAUCAGCAACUGCAACAACAUCAACAUCAACAUCAACAACGACAACAACACCGGUGGCACCUAUUACAACGCCGACAGUACCAGUAACUACAACAAAACCUGAAACAAAGGAGGACUUUAAGUUUGAUAUUGUUGAAUAUGCCCAGAAGAGAAAACGAUUAAAGCUUAAAAAGAAACAAAAACUUGAAGACCAUUAUAAAGCCAGAGAAAAUGAUAUUUUCAUGAAAGCAGAAUUGUACUAUUCUCCAUAUGCAGUUCAUAAGCCUACCGAUGAAAUUAAUAAAUACUUUGAAAACAUAAUUUCAGACGGUUUUAAGCAAGUUAUUCAAUCUGUUAGAAAAGCAGAAUUGGUUAAACAGGAAAAAAUUAAACAAUUACGUUUGGAACAAGAACUUCGUGAAAAAGAAUUACAACAAAAGAAUGAAAUUAAAUUUAGUUUCCCAAGUUUAAAUCAAUCGGAAAGUGAUUUAAGUGAUGAUGAAAACAAUGAAGAUAUUGUUAGCAAGGAGGAAUUGAAUUUUGAUGUCCCCGAAAAACCCCAGGAAUACAAAAGUGGGUUAAUUGUGGUACAUAAUGGAGAAGAUGUUCGAGAAUCUAAUCAACAAAUGAAAAUUGAUGAUGAUAAUGAAAACCAUCAGGUGCUGUCAAUUUUACCUGCUGCCGCGGAAGUACAUACAAAUGAUACAAAAAUCACAGAAAACCAAGAUCAACAAUCAUUGUCAAAAAGUGGCAGCCCACUUGAUGAUAUUAAUUUAGAAAAUGAAUUAAAUGCUCACUUUGGUGGUGAUAGCAAUAGCAAUAAUAUCCCAUUGACUACACAAGAAUUAUCUGAUAUUUCGUCAGAGGAAGGCGGUAGCGAUGAAGAUGAAGAAAUGGAAAUCAUUGUUUGA